AUGGGUGACCAAGAUUUUGAUAUCUCCGAAGAAGUACUUAAUCUCUCCACUAAUCGCUGGAUCAAGAAGAAUGGAAAGCUAUUCCAAAAAUUAUUGCGUGAAGGGUAUAAAUAUACUAGCAACCUUUCGCAUUAUUUAGAAGAUAUACCACCAAUAGAUAUUGACAAAUAUAGUACAAUCUAUCUAUCAGCUGAUUUCUUUCAUUCCGCUUUAAUCCCACCCCUUUCCAUUUUAGCAAGAAGAAGAGAUAUAUGCAGAAGAUAUCCUAUUUCUAUAGGUACCGCUGUUGAGGGAGGAAUGAAUCUACCGAAUGCCUUGUAUGAUGCAUUUAGUAAAGCAGACGUUCUAGGUCCAGAACAUAUACUCGCUAUAGCGCGAAUGUUACAAUAA